CGCUGGUUUACAGCCAUCUUGCAUCCACACAUUAAUUGCAUGACCAGGGAUGUCUCGUCCUGCUCCGCCUCCCAUUUAUACCCUAAGAGGUGCUGGUGGCCCCCUUAACACCCUCCACUUCAGCUGCCAUGAAGAGGGAACCCCCCUUCUAUUUUCUGGGUCAGGGCAGGGUGCCAUCCAUAUCUGGAACCUGAACAGCAGGAGGGCUGCGAAGAUAAUAGAAGGUCACUCUGGUAGUUCAAUCAUCUGCGUCAGCACACUGCAGUCGACAGAUACACUAAUCAGUCAGGGACGGGACAUGCAGGUCUGUCUGUGGGAUCUGAGCGAAGGUCGCAGUGAGCUGCUGGACUCUGUGUGGACUGGCAGUGUUGGAUUCUGUCAGUGCUCCGUGCUGGAGAUGAGCCCUUCCAAAUACCUGCUGGCCUUUGCUGGGCAACAGACAGAGGAGAUCAAGAUCACUGAGCUCCCCAGUAAGACCCCAGUGUGCUCCCUGGUACCAGAAGGAAAACUGGGAAUGGUGAUGUGUAUGAAAUUGUGGCAGCCAGACUCGGGUCUCGGACCUCUCCUGUUGGCUGGAUACGAGGAUGGUUCCCUGUUGCUGUGGGACGUAACUCAGAGGUCCACGUUGAGCCAAGUCAAAGCCCACCCUGAGCCCGUCAUGUGCCUGACCUUUGACACCAAGCGUCUGAGGGGCGUAUCAGGCUCCUCUGAGAAGAAACUGUCCUCCUGGACGCUGGACGGCCAGAACAACCUGCAGCUGCAGGAUAGUGUGAUGCUGGUCAACCCUGGAGUUUCCCAGCUGUGUAUUAGGGACGAUGGUAAGCUUCUGGCAUCAGCCGGCUGGGACCACCGGGUACGGGUAUUCGGCUGGAAGAAGCUGCGACCACUGGCAGUACUUCAGUACCACACAGACCUGGUGCUCAGUGUGGCCUUCUCUGACCACCAGGACCCCAGAAAAAGACUGCUGGCUGCUGGAUCCAAGGACCAACGAAUCAGCCUGUGGUCGAUAUACAAUGAGGGAGCUGAUACUGGCUGAGUCUCUGAGCUCUCGGAGGACAUAAAGACUUUUGAUCAAAGCCUUCUUAGCUGUUUUCUGUACUGACAUAAUGUAGCUUUAGCCCCAGGUUGUGCCUCUUACGUACAAUAAUUGCAGUACCGUCAUUUUAAAAAAAAAUUAAAGCUGCAGUAGGCAUUAAUCUUGAAAAACAUCCACAUUUUGAAAAAACAGGCCUCUUGCAGUGCUUUCCUCUCUGUCCCAAGCCCCUCCCACCAGAUGAACAGAAUCAUAUGCACAUGCUCCAAAUGAACAAAAAUAUUAAAGCUAAAAGCCAACAUUCACCCCUGAGUGAAAGUCUUCUGUUUAAGCUACUGUACUGCCACAUUCUGCUCUCACUGCAAGCUUUCUUCCUCUCUAUACUGGCUCACCUGAUCUGGGUGAAAAGCUUCUAACAUCACAGGUUAGAUUGUCCAAAGCCUGAAAAGAAGCCAAGAGGAGGUGCAGAAGUCUGGUUUCCUCACACAAUAUGUGGAAAAAAAACUAUGAAUGCAAAAACUGCAAAAAAAACAAACAAAAUUGCUCACUCCAGAUUUAUACCUCACUCAUUCAGAAGAAUUCCAAAUGAAUAUCUAGAAUUUGUAUGGACUCCACCCUCUGCUACAGUAUGUUGCAAUAUGUCAGAAAUUACACAAUCAGAAAUAAAAUCCCUCUUCAAUUUUUACAACAUGGACUGAAAUUAAAUGUUUUAUGGUAAGUUAUAUUGGUAUAUAUGGACGCUUAUUCUCACAACUUUAUAUUUUAAUUAAAAAAUACAUUAAUAUGGAAAUUGA